AGUGACCCCAGCUAUCGUCGCCUACUCGGAAAACGAAGAGGUGGUUGGAUUGGCAGCCAAACAGAGUAGAAUCAGAAAUAUCUCGAAUACGGUGAUGAAAGUCAAGCAGAUCCUCGGCAGAAGCCAGAAAUGCAGCCUCUGGCCUGGGCUUCUGAGCAGUUAAGCCCCAAGAGAGAAGAAUCACCUGGAAGGACACUGAGAACCCAAAUAGAGCUGUCCCCAAAACCCCACUCCCCACCUACCUUCAGAUUGGCACCUCUCCCACCGCCCGGGAGCUUCCACCAUUCGCCCAGACCAGCAUGGCCGGGGCCAGCAACAGCAGCAGCAGCAGUGCGGGCAUCCGCUGGUCCAGGCAGGAGACGCGCACGCUUCUCUCCAUCCUAGGCGAGGCCAAGUACAUCCAACGCCUGCAGACCGUGCACCAUAAUGCUGAUGUCUACCAGGCCGUGUCUAGGCGUAUGCAACAGGAGGGCUUCCGCCGCACCGAGCGCCAGUGCCGCUCCAAGUUCAAGGUGCUCAAGGCCUUGUACUUGAAGGCGGCUGUUGCCCAGGGCACUGGUAUUGGGGAGCAGACCCGCUGCCCGUUUUACAAUAUGCUGGAUCGGCUGCUCCGGAAUCAGAUUGCAGUUGACCCAGACACAGACUUAGGCCCAGGCAACAUGACGGAAGAAGCAGCUCAGGCCCAGCCCUGUAAGCCUGAUGUAGUGGCCUCUGGGGAGGGAGAGCCCUGCCUUCUGAGCACCAAGGGGAUGCAGGAGCCAGACCCCCAGGCUGUCCCGAAAACAGCCAAGGAAUCCACUGCGGAUUGUCACCUGAGCGUCAGUGAACAGAUUCGAAAGACCAGCGGCCUAGAAGACUCCUGGGAUGAAUCCUCUGGUGCAGGGUGCUCUCAAGGGACCCCCAGCUACAACAGCUCUCACCACCUUUUCAGAGGGGCCACAGGCCCCUGCCAAAAUAGCAGUCCCCUAACCAGACUAGGACUGUCCCAAGAGCCUAGUCCCCACACCAGCCUCGACCAAUCCUCUCCCGAAGUGUCCACUGCUCGGCGACCUCCCUCCACUACUCCUGCCGCCUCCACAGUGCCUUUUGUUCCUGGGACACCCAGACCUUUGACCAGAGUGUCCCCGCCACCGUGGGCAAGGCGACGAAGGCGAUCUCUAGCCAGGACUCUCACUGCAGAGCUGGAAGAGAACAGGAGGUUGGCACGAGAACUGUCGAAGCAGGAGGCAGAAAAGUUGGACAGGCUGAUUGCGCUGGGCCAGGAGAUCAGCGCCCAACAGGAUGCAGCCAAUGCACUCCGCAGGGAUGCGGUUAGUGCCAUUAGGCGCCUGGCCACUGCUGUGGAACAAGCCACCAGGACCUUCCAGUUGGGGUUGGAGAAGCUGCUGCCGACGCUUGUUUCCAACGCCAAAAGUUAGCUGUGGGGAGCCCCGAGUGGGCCCCCACUUCUGCCCUCCAGCCCUCUUGCUUAUAGCGGUAGGAAGGAGUGUCCACAUGCUGCGGGAGACAUGGACCAGGAGGGCCAGCUCUGGGCAUGUCCUAGGAAUGGAUCCAUUUAUUUCUCUUCUUUUCAUCAGGUUCCUUGUCAGUAACAUGGAACCAGGCAUCUUUUCCCCCUUACCCACCUCACAGGGUUGUUGUGAGGAUCCAGGGACCCUGAGCUGUGAAGGGUUUGAGGGUAUAGAGCAGCUCACACAUGGCAGUUUCUUGCACG